AGUCAUUCCGUAGUUCAUUGUGGUAUUUGUCGAUUGUUCUUCCACUUUUAAAGCACUUUGAAUAUUGUGACAAACAAAUACAUAAGAUAUUUUUCAAAGCUUGAUAUUUGGGAAAAUUGACAUUAAAUGCAUAAUGCAGAUUUGUAUGCUCCUAGUUCUUGUGAUAUCAGAGACAUCAAAUGCAGGUUAUUUUAAGUGGAUAAAAAAGGCUGUUUCGACGCAAAACCUAAUGUGUCCACUUUCUUGCAAGGCGAUAACUGGACUUUACGGUCAUUUGGAGGUUCCACUGUUAUUAAAUGUUGUGCAUCCCAAUCACUUCCCAUUUGGUCGAUCGGGAAAUUUACAAGUUCAAUUUGUGAACUAAAUCUCAAAAACAGUGUUGGAACUAAUCAUUGCUCUAAGAAUACAAUAUUUUAUAAGAUUAUAUAUACAAAUUCAGAUAUGACAUCUAUUCCGAAGUGUCUACUGCAUUCAAAUCAGACUGUUGUGAUAGAUUUUAAACGCAAUAAAAUUGAAAAUAUAACUGGAUCAGAUUUUGAAUGCUUUCCAUUCCUGGAUACAUUGGAUUUGUCAUAUAAUAAAAUCUCAAAUUUGGAAAAUACAACUUUCUUCAAACUGAAGAAUCUGAGGAAAUUAGAUUUAUCAUAUAAUGACAUACAGUAUAUAGAGCCAAGAACAUUUAGUUACCGACCCGGGUCGCUCCUAUUUAUCAAUCUUCGUGAAAACAAACUUAUAAGUGUUGACGUUACAAAUGUAUUAGUUGGUUACUGGUUUUCUAAACUUUAUCUCGACUUCAAUCAAAUAUCGAAAUUAACAAACAAAUUACACUGGAAAAUGGAACAUGCCACUGGUGGCGGAGAUAUAUUUAUGAGUCAUAAUAAAAUCUCGCACUUACCAAAUAUGUCAGAUAUUGGAUUUACCCGUCGUUCAAUUGUAAAAAUUAUAUCUUUCAAGUACAGCUUUCGUUUGGGACAUAACCCUUGGUUUUGUGAUUGCAGGUUUUCUUGGUUUGUUCCUAUAUUAAGAUUGGCCAGAAAUAAUUUUGACGUAGGAGGUCGGACGGUAUGCAAAUAUCCUAUCAGUUUGAGAGGAAAAUUGGCAGUUAAUGUACCAGAGGACCUUUUUAUAUGCAAUAUAUCAGUAAAACAAAAAUGUCCACUUAGCUGUAACUGUUUUGAACAACCUUCAAGAAAACGUGUUGUUGUGAAUUGUAGUCGUAGUAAAAAGUACGAAAUUCCAAGUGCAUUCCCUCAACAGUCUAAUUUAGAUAUUGAUUUGAGUCACAACUUAAUAACGAUUCUCGAAUACAGAGCAUAUCUAAAUCGCACGGUCGCGAUCGAUUUAUCAUUUAAUAAAAUCAAAAUUAUAGAUCCUCUCGUCUAUGGAAUUGAAACACUGAAACUUAUCAACGUUGAAAAUAAUCAAAUAACAGACCUUCAUCGAAAUAUACAGUUAAUGAAAAAUGGAAGGAAAGUUUUCAUAGGCAACAUUACAGUUGAGAAUUCCUGUAGAAAGAAAUGGAUUGCAAAUUGGUUGGAAUAUCAGAACAGGUUAUUGGUUAGACCUGAUCGGAUCGUAUGUCGACAGAGAAACGAAGAGUUAAUAUCAUUUUAUAUGACCGAUAACUGUAGUUUUCGAAAGAAGUAUUUAGCAUACGAGAAAUAUCUAAUUGUGGGUUCAUUUCUAAUCAUACUUAUAGCUACAUUAACGCGAAUAAUUUUUAAAUACGAAAUAUACUUACUUUUAAGGAAAUUCAGACAUAGAUUUAAGUUAAAUGUUAUCAACCCUGUCGAGCAGUCGUCUUUAUUUGAUAUUUAUAUGUCAUUCAGUGAAGACAAAGAAGACAUCAGACAAUGGAUGAUAGGUGUCUUAACGACACAUCUUGAAACAAUUGGUUUUAAAGUUUGUUUACCGCCAAGAGAUUUUGAUUUGGGUGGAGUCCAUGUUGAUCAAAUAAUGACUCACACCGCUAGCUCAAAAAAUUAUGUAGUUGUGUUGAGUGAUGAUUAUUUAAAAACACAAUACCAAGUUAUUGAAUGGGGUCAUAUCUGGAACAAUUACAAACGUAACAUUAACAGUAACAUUUUAGUCAUUAAUUAUGACAUGUUACACAGUAAAAACAUCAAAGAUCAAAUAUUAAAAGCUUUUCUGAGACUUCAUUUUUCCAUUGACUUUAGUAACUUUGAUAAACAAUGA